AUGGCGCAAGCCGCUGUUGAGUCUGCUCUGAAUGGUGACUCUUUGAUUGGGAGGCAGCCAGCGGUUCCGAGGAUGAAGAGGAAGACACCGUCCGAACUGAGAGUAAUGACGCCUCUCUUCCCUUCAAAUUUUAAGUUCAGAAUGAUUACUGUCUUGCCACUGGGAAUGUGCAGUAGGAUGAAAUCCUUGGUCAGAUGCAGAUGCCGUCUCAACAUAUUCCUUGACAGAUGGCUAAUUGGCUAUAUCACAUCUUAUUCAGCUGUUCAUAACAUUCCACACCUGUUAACAAUCUAUGAGUUUAAUGUGAUGAAAAUGAUCUACCUAGGUGAACAACUGAAGCGGCAUACGUCUGAAAAGCUUGCUAAUGAUCUGUUACCUUCUUCUGCUGCAUUAGAUAGGUCAAACAAUGGACUUAGGAACACAGAACAACAAAAGAUAUCCAAGUACAUUAACACACGUGUUACAGAGGUGUUCCCUGUGAGAAAAACAAGAAACCUUGGGAAGGAAAAUUGCAAGGAUGCCUUACAGAAUAAUGAGAAGGUUUCUAAGUCUGUUGAUGCUACAACGGCCUCAAAUUUUGCAUCAUCUUCACUUCCAUGUGGUCAUGACGACUCUGCUAAGUUGGACUCUUUUGUUCCAUCCAUGGAGGCUGCAAAGCCAGGCUUCAAGAAAGUUGAGAAAUGCAGUGAAAACGCUCUGCGGAGUGUAUCUGAGCUUCAUGUUGGCGAUGAGAAGCAGACUGGUUCUAGCAAAUUUGAUAUGGAAAAAGUACUGAAAGGGUUUGGAGCUCGUGAUGCUUUUGUGGCUUCUGGGCUCAAUGCCCCUAAUGGACAAGUUGGUGGUACUGCGUUGAAGUCUUCAGACAUAUUCCCGUCUAAGAUCACCAUUCCAGGGAAAAAAACUCCCCUGGAUUUUACCUUAAAGACUAGUUUGCAGUUUGUUUCAUCAUCAUCUGUGAAGUGGUGUCACAAGCUCAAUACAAGUUAUGGCAGAAGCAGCAUCACUGGAGCCAUUGGUCAGAUCUGUCCUCGCGGGUGUCAAAAUUCAGAGUGCCCAAAGCCUGAGAGCAAUAAGGAAUUCUUGUUCUCAAAGGCUCUACAAUCAUGGGUAUAUCCACAAUCGCAGUUGCCUUCCUCUAUCAUAUCUGCUAUGCUCUCAUCAACUGUACGAGGAGAAAGUGAUUUUCUUCUCAAAAGACAUCAGGACUGGGAAGAUUCAUUUCAGAAUCUUUACUACAUGCUCCGGAAGAACAUGUUGAAUAUAUUCUAUGUUUAUACAACACAAUUUGUUGCUCUCUUCAUUGGUGGAAGCUGUUUGGAGAAAAAACAGUCCAGUAGCGCCUACUUAUCACUAUCUACACGUGGCCUACGCUCAUUACUACGUAAACAUGGUGUUUGCUUUUCUAUGCCUCUUUGCAACACUGAAGUGGAGCAGGCUACUGAAGAUGACCUUAUUGAACUUUCAGAAAUCCAAAGGCGCAAUCUUGGACAGGCACUCCAUUUGGAUGCUUUAUCUGAUGUGGACAACACCACGCAGUCACUGCUUUCAUUUACUGGCAAUGGGAAUGUUCAUGGCUUAUACGAUGUUCUGUUGAAUUACAAGUCCUUGCUAAGUUCUUUAUCUGCUGUGGACGUCCCAGUCUUAUAUUCACCCCAGCCAUUUCAAAAUGGCUGCCUACAUAUUCCAGAGGUGAAGUGCAGGGAGAUGAGGAGAGCAGACAUGGGGCUGCUCUCAUCCGGCGGGUUCGACACAGAACAGGGGUCAGCAUUUGCCUCAACGACAGGCAACAUCUGCUACAGCAUGGAAGUAAAGGACACGGUUCUCCCGCCAUGGGUCGUCUCUGGACUCUGCGCCGCGAUGAGCCUGGACGCGACCAGCUUUGAUCUAACGAUCGCUACGGAGCCUUCGUCGAUGGGCUUGAACGUGGCCCUCAACUCCAUGGGCACCACCACGAAUGCCCAGCCUGAAGGAGCGCCCCCUUCGAACGGCUGUGCGCCUGCGCCUUUGGUGGGUGGCAUUCCUCACGCUGUCCUUGUCCCCUCCCUGCACUCCGCCUCGGUGCGGCGCCUCAGCUACACCGACGGCGGGUACGUUGCGCACACAACCGUGUGA